GCUGGCGCAGCAGAGCUCAGCCCAGUGUUGAGUCAACGGUGCACCGCAUCUCUGUUCUGACCAGUGCACAGACAGAUGACAUGGCAUAGCGGUGCGGUUGGAUCAUUGCAUAGGAUUUGCAGACUGAACAAGCUCCAUAUUGAUUUAUUAGUUACCUAUAUGGUGUGUUUGAUCCAUCUUCCGUGCUCACAGUGAGCUAUUUUUAUAUUUUAUUGCGACCUGCUGCAUGCUAGCGUUAGCUCGUCUGUGCUACGCUGCAGAUAUUGAGGCGGUCACAUAAACAUGCGGAGCAUCGAGGCAGAGAGCCCUGGGACAUCUUUAAGUACAUCCUGUGGCUGGACUAGGUUUUCUACUGGUCGUUGACUACACUUCCCAGAGGCUCUGUAAACGACAGAGCGUUGGAUUUUAAGAAUCAGAUUGCCCAUUGAACUCGCUGCCUCGCCAACUGACCGCCUGGCACUAUGCUGACCGUUCUAGCUGCCGGCUCUGUGUUCUUCCCAGGACUUUUUCUUCUCUCUAAACAAUGCCUAAAGUCAUUCCCUGCGCUGAGAUGGAGCGAAAGAGAUGCCGUCAUUGUUUCAGCCAGGUUAGUGUCAUCUGUCCAGGCAGUCAUGGCUUCAUCAGCUGGGUACAUUAUUGCUUCGUCUUGUGAAGACAUCAUUGAGGACCAACACUGGUUGACAAGCACCUAUAUCAUGUUUGCUGUUCCCUACUUUGUGUAUGACAUCUACGCCAUGUUCAUGUGCUACUGGUACAAGAUCCAGGUCAAAGGGCAUGAGGAGGCCACAGCCGUGCCACGGUCCAUGAGUUCAGCAUUGACCAGUUACCUGCGUCGGGAGUUCCUCAUGGUGCUGCACCACGUUGUCAUGGUCACCGUCUGCUUCCCUGUCUCUGUGUUUUGGAGGCAAGGAAGGGGAGAUUACUUCCAGGGUAUAAUGUUCAUGGCUGAGCUCAGCACUCCAUCUGUUUGCUUAGGAAAAAUACUCAUCCAGUAUAAACAACAACAUACUCUCCUGCACAAAGUGAAUGGGGCUCUAAUGCUGAUCACUUUUUUCAUCUGUCGAGUCCUCCUCUUCCCUUACCUCUACUACGUUUAUGGAAGGUACGCAUCCAUCCCAUUCUACAUGGUGCCGCUGUCAGUGCCUUGGCACUGUAACCUUGGUGCUGCUCUACUUAUGGCGCCCCAGCUCUACUGGUUCUCGCUCAUUUGCCGGGGUGCCCUGCGACUAUUUACAGGAACCUCACGCUCUCGGAUACCUCCUGGGACAUCGGCCGCACCAAAAGAACAACAGAAAACGGAUGAUACUGCUCUGCCUCAGCCAGCUAAUGGCUACAGCACGCGUCCCACAGAGCCUGAGCUGACAACUCACUGAGAAUGGGGGGUGGGUGGGGAGGGAAGAGGCGAAUGUACCAAUGAGUAUGUAAAGGAAAGGAAGUUUGAAGGCAAAGUUAGACUUGAAAUAAGUAGCAAUAUAAAGCUACCGACUUUUGCCUCCUGAAGUCAAUUUGGCCAGUAGUCAUAGAAUCUAAGGAUUAGAUUUCUGGCUAUCAGAGACUUCAGUUUGAAAGGAUGUAAUAAUCAAAAGGCAUUGCGCACUCAGUAUUUAAAGAUGUCAUCAGGCACUGUGACAGACGGGAACAUGCACUGACCUAAGAGGAAUCCCCUGUAUGUAUAGCAAGCAUAGGUGGCUAUUUCCCUCAUGUAGAUCAAAUGAAUCCUCUCUGCCUGGUGGCAUAGAAAGAGUAGGAUAAUAGGAAUGUAUUAUACUGUAUGUUAGUACAUUUGCUGUAGAUGGAAGGCCUAAUUCAAGUUAGUAAUGAAUCAGACCUUCAAAAAAGAAAAAAAAAAGAAAAAACUCCUGGCUAAGCAGUAUUUUGACUUGUUAGUGUUUAUUAUCUGUAUCCUCUAUGUAGUCACCGUCACUCUAACAAAAUGUAACCAAUCUGCAGACUGACUCAUUAGAAGGGAAUAUGUCAUAAGACUGUAUUCUGCUGCCUUAUCCCUUUUCACAUUUUCAAUCAUCUAUUUUGUUUAUAUUUAUUUAUUAUUUAUUUAUAUUGUAUUCUGAGAGGAGAGACAAAAGGAUCCUCACACUGGAACAUGUGAUGGGUGUACAUAGCUGAUGUAAAAUUGUCCAUAUUUCCAUGUCAGUGUUAUCUUUGUCUUGUUUAUGCAUUUUAUGUUUGGACAAGUGCAUUUCACGUAUUCAGUUUUAAAAUUGCAGACAAUUAGACCACUUUUUUUAUUAUUUCAGUGUAGAUAUUACUCCAUUCCGAUUACUGGCGUCACAAUGUUCUGCACAAAAGCUAGUGAUGCACAGUAGCAGCAGUUUUCAUGUAUGUUUUUAGGUUUAGUGCUGUGAUAAUUGAGUAUUCAUGUAAUCUGCCUGAAUUAUUUUGAGUAUUAGCAUUGUUUGAGGACAUGAAUUAUUCCAUGUUGAAGGGAAAGAAAACAGAUAAGAUAGUUUUUGAGUGACAUGCAGCACAUUUGUUCAUUGCCAAUUAUUUUAAUGUAGCUCAAUGAAUUUAAACUACUGUAUUUAAAGCCUUUAAUACUGUAUUAAGUGCUCAGAUCAUUGAGCCAUGUUUUAGCCACAUGUUUUGUGAAUGCACUUGAUUACUUGUUUUAAGUUAAUUUAAAGCAGCUACACUAUCUUGGAAAUGGGGGAAAAAUGUGCAGUAACCAUCAAGACUGUGCCAAAACCUGGACCGCUGUGGGCAUGUUGAAUACAGAAUAUCCAUUCCCCUCCUCCAUGGUUCAUAACAUACUGCUUUUGGCCAAUACUAAAAAAAUCAACUGAUGUACUAUAUAUUCCACAAAAUGCUUGUUAUUUAUUUGUAAGUAUUUAUUUAUUUAUUUGGUUUGUGGUUUGAAUGCAUAUUUAUGCAUACAUAUAUAUAUACUCUAUGCUUCUGAGCCUUAUGUGAAGGCCAUAUUGUUACUCAAACUUAGCAAAAAUAUACUUCUCCUGUCCUGAC